AUGUCGUCGAUGCGGAAUGCCGUCCAACGGCGCAAUCACAAAGAGCGCGCCCAGCCCGUCGAACGCGAAAAAUGGGGUCUCCUCGAGAAACGCAAAGACUACAAGCUGCGGGCUGCGGACCACAAGCAGAAGAAGGCCAAGCUCAAGGUCCUGAGCGAAAAGGCUCGAGACCGGAAUCCGGAUGAGUUUUCCUUCAAGAUGAUGUCGUCGCAGGUGGACAAGUCGGGGAAACGGGUGGCGGAUCGGGGCAAUAAGGCGCUGAGUAUGGAGGUGGUGAAGCUGUUGAAGACGCAGGAUGCGGGAUAUAUUCGCACCAUGCUGCAGCAGACGCGCAAAGAGAGGGAGGAGGUGGAGCAGAGGCUGAUUAUGGAGGAACAGGGCGAGGUGCGCGCUGUGAGGGACGGAGAGAGGGCGAGGCACGGCAAGCACAGGGUGUUUGUGGAGAACGAGGAAGAACAAGACGAGUUUGAACCAGACACUUGGUUCGGACGCGGCGAGGAUAUUCCCACUCGCAAUGAGUCGCCUACUUUCGGAGACCUUCAAGACGAGCUAUCGGACGACGACGACGAGCAGCCUAUCCAACGGCCGAACACGUUAUCGAAGAAGCAGAUGGAAGCGCAAGAACAGGCACGGAGAGAAGCGAGGAAGUUUAGGAAGGACAGAGAGCGGGCACAAGAGCGGCACAUGUCAAGGCUGCGGGCACUCAAGAAGCGCGAGAGCGAACUUGUAGCCGCCGAAGAAGAACUAGAGCUCCAGCGUGCAAAGAUGAACAACACAGUCGGCGGCGUCAACAAAAACGGCGUCAAAUUCAAGGUCCGGGAGCGCAAGCGCUGA